UGGUCUAAUCAUUAUCAUCAUUCAAUAGAAAACGAACACGGUGACAACUUUACACAAACACACCUCGAUUGAUUGACAAUUUGAUUUGAUUUUCUCGUAUUUGAAACCUGAAAAACAUUGAAAAAUGAAAAACUCUGGCAUGAUCAUGUUAUCAUUAACAUUGACCUUGAUCGUAGCAACAUCUAUCAAUCCAUUCAUGGUCAAUGGUCAACUUUAUAAGAAAACAGAUAAAGGUUUCGAUAUUGAUAUUGGACCAAUAUUUCAGAUGAAAUAUGAUCGAAAUGAAGGUAAAUUCAUCGAUCUAAGUGCAGUACUUGGCCUAGUAAAAUUUGGUUAUGAUAAAAAACCUGGUGAUAGCAAAGCUAAAAUCGACGUCGAUGUAUUCGGUCGUAGUAAUCGUGAUAAAUCGGCUAAACCAAAUCCUGAUUAUCUUUAUGAUAUCGAUCCGGACGAUUUAAAAGAUGUGCCCAAAGAUAUCUGAAUGAGAAGAAUCGUCUCUAGAAAAACAACAAAAACAGAAUUGAAAUCAAACACUUUCUCAAUCCCCUACAUCAAUGAAUAAUAAUAAUAAUAAUAUAAUCACUCUGUAAUCAAUACUACUACUGAUAAACAUUCUAAUGAAAUGAAAAACGAACGACAAAAAAACCCAAAUCAAAUGAUUGAUUAUUAUGUAAUGGCGAUUGAUUGACAGAUGCCAUCUCGCUGUCAUCAUCAUCAUUUCAAUAUUGAAGUUAUUAACGUCGUACCAUUUGUGUCAUGAUUGUUGUUGUUGUCAUAAAAUUAUCAAAUAUUUAAAAAUUAUACUCGAUGCUCAAUACUCGAUUGCAAUCAUAAAUACCAUGAACAAAACAAACCAAAAAUUGGCGAGAAUAAAAAUUGAUGAAAGUG